CUCUCUACAGUCCUUUAGCCCAGUUAGAGACGUGGCAGAGGACGGAGUGGGUAUUUGGAAGGAUACGAACCACGCAGCUCUCUGAUGGUGGGGUGUAAACAAAGGAACGAACUGCUGUAAUGCCUGGUCGCUCGGGACUGGAGGCACAAGUCCUCUGCUGGUGUCCAGGGGCGGCGGGCCCUGUCCCCGUGCGUGUCCCCGAGCGCUGCCCGAGGGCCACGGGGGCAGCGGGGACAGCCGCUAUCAGGGGCGGCCGCCGCACCCCUCGCCAGGCCCGGCCCGCGCCCGGCAGAAGCGCCGCCGAUGACCUGGGCCCGGGGUCGCGGUGGGAGCGGUGCCGGCCGCUCCACCGGCGGCAUUCGGCAGCACCGCUGCCGAGGUCUCCGCUUCGCCGGAGCCGGGGCUGAUGCGGGGGAAGCCGUGCCAGGCCGUGCCUGGCAGCGCCGGGCGGGACGGGGCGGAGCCGCGGCGCCGAGCGCCGUGAGGGGAGGCGCGGCUGUGGCGCGGCUGUGGCUCGGCACGGCCCGGCACGGGGUGAUGCGGCACGGCACGGUCGGUGCUGCCUCCUCCCGGCCCGAGAAGUGCGGAGGGACGGACGGCAGGAGGCAGGGAGCGAGGAAAAGAGGCAGGGUGGGAGGGACCCCACGGCGCCGCUCGGAGCCUGGCCCGGCCCCGGGAGCGCGAGAAGCGCCUGGCACGGGAUAAAGUUAUCCCGGAAUAAGGCUGCACGCAUGUGCGUCACCCCGGAUGUGAACAUGCCGGCCCGGCUCCCCGCUAGCUCGCUCCGCCUGGCUCCGGCGGAUGGGCUGAGCCGAGCCGUGCCGAGCCGUGCUGUGCCGAGCCGUGCCCGAGGGCCUGCAGCCCGGUAGGGGCUGGGGGAGGCCGGGCCGCCCGGGCGCCCUCGAGGGCCGAGGUGCGAAAGCCCCUCCCGGCGGGGCAGGGGCAGGUGCGCAGCCCGGGGCGAGCGGCGGGCGGGACCCCGGGAGCGAUGGAUUUCCGUGGGAAGAAGUACGAGCGCGGCAGUAACUGGUCGGACCCCGAGGUGGUGGAGCUGCUGCAGCUCUGGGCCGACGAGUCGGUGCAGAUAGAGCUGGAGAGCUGCUUGCGAAACCAGCACGUCUUCAACCGCAUCGCCGAGGUGCUGCGGGAGAAGGGCAUCCACCGGACGGGCGACCAGUGCCGGGAGAAGAUCAAGAAGAUGAAGCUGGAGUACCGGCGGAUCAAGGACAAUAGCAAGGCCCCGAGGGGCGGGCGGACGUGGAAGUUCUACGAGGUGAUGGACAGGGUGCUGACCAGCCGGCCGGCCCUGGCCUAUGGCUCCCUGAGCGGCAGCAUGAUGGCUCAGCAGGUGCUGCAGGGCAGCAUGGUGGAGAGCUACCACCACCAGUUCGCCUCCUCAGCUCUGCCCUUUGGACACUCCCAGCACCCUGAGCUGAUGGAAAUCAAAUGUGAGGAGGUGAACUCUGAUGACCACAGCUUGACCCCAGAGCCCCCACAAGCCAUGUCUUACCAGCAGGGCUCCCCUGAAGAACAGGAGAUGGAGAGAGCCUUCUUGGAGAGGGCCCAGAACGACUCUCCCAUCUCCAGGGUGGAGAUUCCCAUUGAAACCAGUGUUUCACCUUCAGGUUUCAGUGAGCCAAACAUGGCAAACUCAUCACGGAUCCAAAAUGUUGUUCCCCGGCCUGGCUUCUCUGCCUUGCAUCGGCUGAGAAAAAAGCGGAAAGGCCAGCGCAUGAGGGACCCACUCGAUGAUCUCCUGCUGAAGACUCUGACAUCUCAGCGGGCCAUGGAAGAACGCUUUUUGCAGAUGGAAGAACGCCGAUUUCAGCGAGAUUUGGACGUGGAGGAGCGCCGGAUGCAACUGGAGCAGCGCCGGUUUGAACUGGAGCGGGAACAUGAGUUUCGCAUGUUCAAUGUCUUUGCUCAGAUGCUCAGCAUCCUAAAGCAGAGCCAUAGUGGCUCCUCCUCCACUGUUGCUAUGCCUCAGGGUUUGGACUUCAGCCAGGCACUGUCUGAAAUUGAGGGAAUGGGAGGAAGAGGGACCAGCCUGCAAGAGAUGAGGGUUCGGCCGCUUGCCAAGAAGAGGGUUGACAUGCACAGCUUCUGUAACCCCAGCGGCUUCCAGAGAAGCCCCUACCUCUCUGCUCGUGGCAACUUUGCCAACAUUUUUCAGGGGUCCACUGAGGAAGGUUACAAAGCCUAUCACGCUGACAAGUAUGAUGAAGACAAGAACCCCAAUGGUAUAAUAAACUUUGGCACCAGUGAGAACAAGCUCUGCUUUGACCUGAUGUCCAAGCGGCUGACACAGGCUGAUAUGAAUCUGAUGGACCCUUCACUGCUUCAGUAUCCUGACUGGAAAGGACAUCUGUUUUUACGGGAAGAAGUGGCUCGAUUUUUGACCUAUUACUGCAAGACUCCUGCACCUCUUAAAGCAGAGAAUGUGAUUGUUUUAAAUGGUUGUGGCUCUUUAUUUUCUGCGUUAGCUACAGUCCUUUGUGAUCCAGGGGAAGCUGUUCUGAUUGCUACACCCUUUUACGGUGGUAUUACCCAGAGUGUCUUCCUCUAUGGUAAUGUCAAGCUGGUGUAUGUCUAUUUAGACAGUAAGAUUACUGGAACAAGCACUCGGCCUUUUCAGCUUACAGUGGAAAAACUGGAAAAAGCCUUGCAGGAUGCCCGGGCAGAGGGUGUCACUGUAAGGGCCUUAAUUCUUCUGAAUCCCCAAAAUCCCCUUGGGGACAUCUACUCCUUGUCAGAGCUGCGGGAUUACCUGGAAUUUGCUAAAAGACAUGGAUUGCAUGUGAUAGUAGAUGAGAUCUACAUGCUGUCAGUUUUUGAUGAAUCAGCAACGUUUCACAGUGUCCUAAGCAUGGACAGAUUGCCUGAUCCACAGCGGACUCACGUGAUGUGGGGCAUAACCAAGGAUUUUGCUGUUUCUGGAAUUCGUUUUGGUACCUUAUAUACAGAGAACCAAGAUGUUGUUAAUGCAGUGGCUUCUUUGUGUUAUUUCCAUGGGGUUUGUGGACCUGUCCAGCACAAGGUUGCACAGCUGCUUAGAGACAGAGACUGGAUCAACCAGGUGUACCUGAGGACCAACCAUGCCCGCCUGAAAGCGGCCCAUACGUAUGUGACAGAUGAGCUGAAGACACUUGGGGUUCCUUUUCUCAACCGCAAUGCAGGCUUCUUCGUCUGGAUUGAUUUCCGAAAGUACCUUAAGACAGGCACAUUUGAGGAGGAGUUGCUGCUCUGGAAGCGUUUUCUGGAUAAUAAGGUCCUCCUGUCCUGUGGAAAAGCCUUUGAGUGCAGUGAACCUGGAUGGUUCCGCAUCAUCUUUGCUGACAAGACCCACCGGCUGCAGUUAGGUAUGCAACGGAUACGCAAGGUUUUGGAAGAGCGUGAGCAGGAGAUACUGGCUGAGGAGAAGGAGCAGCCUUGUCAAUCAGAUCAGGAUGGCAAAGCAGAUAGCACAGAUGAAGUCAUUUUUGUAUCCCGCCACCAGGACCCCACCUGUGCCAGUAGCUCCAGCCUUGGUGACCUCAUUGGCCUCCUGCAGCAACAGAUGCGUUCAUCUGACUGGCUACAGAAAAAUACAGCUGAGCAGUUUGCCCAGGAAAGGCCAGAGAUCUAUGACGUGUUCAGCAAACUGGUGGGGAAGCAGUAGGGGUCAGUGUGCCUUUAGGGGCAUUCCUGAGCAGUGACUGACCCUGGGCCCCUAACAACUCAGCAGUGACUUCCAGCAAAUAAUAUAUUUUCUGUAUAGCAAGAAAAUUACUUUGUAGGCCCCCUCCUCUCCCCUCUAUUUGAGAUCUCUAAUUUGUACUAUAUAGGUGUGUUUUCUUGGAUUGGGGUGAGGGUAGGGAAUGGGCGGGGGUGUCUUGUUUGUGUGCUGCUCUCUGUUCUGCGGCAUCAUUGUAUUUUAUAUUUCAUUUCUAAUGAAUAUGCUCUUAACUCUCUUAUAAGGUCCUGUGGUGUAAUUUUUUAUUCUUCUUCACACUUUCCAAAAAGAGACUAUAGAUUGAUAAGUUAUGUGAAGUUUCCCUUUUCUUAAAUGAUGAUCAGAUGUAACUGUUCUGCAGCCAGCUGUCUCAAAGAGGUGUUUUUGGGAGAUAGAAUCUAGUGUCAGCCCUAACUUAGCCCUACCUAAGGGUAAAAAAACACGUGCAUAGAUUCAUCUUCAUUAUUGAGGCUCUUAGGACCAUGGCCAUCUAACUGAGUUCUAUAAAUCUUUUCAUUUUGAGUUGGUUUCCAGUCUGACCUCAGAUCAGACAGUAUCCACCACCCUCAGUUGGUGAAAUGCCUGGUUUUCUUUCUACUCUUCUUUUUCAUAUUCACAUAAAUAAACUGUAUCCAUUGGCCUCUUGGCAGAAUGUCCAGAAAAGAGCUACAAAUGGAGAGGCAAUAGUAAGCUGAUGUUCUUUUUGCAUUUUUUCUAUUCCUGGAAGCCCAUCCCUUGUGGUUAACUAUGACAUAUAUUGGCAAAAGAGUGCAGAGAAUGCUUCUGCCACCGUGCUAGUUGUACCUGCAGGUACAGCUGCUUCUGUCACCUAGCACAGGCAUCCAAGGGUACACCUUCCACCAUCAUCACAAUAAUUAAUGCAAUUUUUUUUCUUU